UCUAUUCACAGGAAGUUAGCAAAACGAGGAAGCUCAAGAUGGAGGCUGCUGUGUUCAUUCUGUCUUUGAUCGAUUGCUGUGCUUUAAUAUUCCUAUCAGUUUACUUUAUAAUUACACUGUCAGAUUUAGAAUGUGAUUACAUUAAUGCAAGAUCAUGUUGUUCCAAAUUAAACAAAUGGGUUGUUCCAGAGUUGGUAGGCCAAGCAAUAUCUACAGCUCUGAUGUUAGUUUCAUUGCAUUGGUUCAUCUUCCUCCUGAACCUUCCAGUUGCAUCUUGGAAUAUGUACAGAUUUAUUAGAGUGCCCCUGGGAAACAUGGGUGUAUUUGACCCCACUGAGAUUCACAAUCGAGGGCAGCUGAAAUCACACAUGAAGGAAGCCAUGAUCAAACUUGGCUUCCACCUACUUUGUUUCUUUAUCUACCUUUACAGUAUGAUCCUGGCAUUAAUAAAUGACUAAGUUUUUAUGUCACCUUUGGAAUGAAGCUGCCAAAUUGUGAACCAUCACUCCAGUUUCACUUAUACAACAAUGAUCAAACACAGAACAUUUCAACAUGCAGUAUAUAUUUAUUUUCUUUAACAAUUAAACAUGUUUAAAUUAGAGAUAUUUGUUGAUAGUAUUUUUCUCAUGAUCUUUCAG